GAGCUAUGGCUUUCGAGCAGUCGGAGGUCUGUGCAUUUGUGCAGGCGCUCCCGACGGGAGCCCUCCACGGCGCCAGCAAGCAGGCGGCUGAGGAGUGGUGCUCCUUUCUGCUGAGUGUGGACCCAACCCCAAGGGCGCGCCAUGAUUUGUUCUGGUACUUGUCUGUAGGGCGUCUCUUGGCAGAGAGCAUGGGCGCUUGCGACCCACUCGACCUGGCAGGCCCGGUGAUGCGAGACAUAAUUACGGCGGCUAUCAAGCCAGGGCAAACGCCUUACGACUACGAGGGCGAGAGCCAGCUCUUCAGGGAGUGGAAGGUGCAGCCUUCCCAGAUUGCUUUCGCCCUUCGCGCGCAGGCUCUGUCCUUCAAGCUGUCGGAGAGGCUUUCCGAGCUUGGCAUGGGCGCAUUCCCGAAGGAAGCCCUGCCUUCGGAGGAGAACCUCGCCGGCUUCGAGGCCGCAGGCCGCGUCGCCAAGGAGAAAGGUCGCCUCUUCGUUGGCAGUGCUGAUGGAGAGGACCUCCAGCGGAAUUUCCGCCCUGCUUGGUCCCGCGUCCCGGCAGUCGAGGUGCCCAUCGGCGAGGGCUCCGUGCCAGAGCGCCAGCGCCAGAUGACCGAUUUCAAGCGUUCACGGGCGGCGGCAGAGAUCGAUUACCCUGGAUAUGCAACGUUCCAGGCGCAUUUGCUGGACUGGGGCGUCAAGCUCAUCUUGAUGAAGACUGCCACCCCGCUCGAGGUGCUGGGAUACACAAUGUUGGUUGCGAAGGUGGCCGAAGAGCACGGGGGCGGGGCGCAAGGCGGCGAUCCAGACUGGAAGGUUUACUUUACCAAGGUGGACCGCGACCUCGCCAAGGAAGCGAAAGACAAGGUCACAGCGAGGGCAGGCGAGGCCGCAAAGGGGGCGAGCGGCAAGGCAGGCGGCAAGGUCGGGGGCGGUGGCAGGGGCAAGGCGCCCGGCAAGACUGACGGCUCUGCUUCGACAGGCGCUGGGGCGUCUCAGGCGCAGGCCCCGCGCCCCUGGCCUCGCAAGCAAGGCGGCUGGGGCCAGCAGGACGGCUGGCAGCAGCACGGCUGGACGCAGCGCAAGAAAAAGUGA